AUGUCUACUACAUCUCCCGGAAGUUCUCCAGCUUCUCCAGCUUCUUCUUCUUCUUCUUGGAGUGAGAGCACUGAAUCGGCUACCAACAAGAACCAGCGCAAGAAGAAGAAGGCGAAGGAUGCGAAGAAGCCUCCUCGUGGGGUCAAGAGCAAGAGUGCUGGAGACAUGAGCAAGAGUGCGAAGGACGCGAAGAAGACGCCUGACAAGGGGAAGGGCAAGCCUGUCAUAGAAAAAAGAUUCACCAACGCCCGUGUGAGCAACUUCGCCAAUCAGCUGCCGAGAGAGGAUCUCGAGGCCCUCAUCACUAAAGCGUACGACAAUACGGACGAGUUCAGAGGCGAAUUCGCAAAGGUGGUCCGUAGUAAGAUUUUGCCUCCGAGGGUCAUCAAGAAGGAAGCACGUCCAGCACCCAACGAGGCGCUCGGUACUCUGGGAAAGCUCCCCGCCGAAGUCCUGACGAACAUCUUUGAAUUACUGCCUGUAAAGGACCGCAACAGGAUGACCACGGCGGUUUGCAAAGACCUUCAGGAAUAUCACUGGAUCCCUUCUCUAUGGAGGGCAAUCGACUCAAGGAAUAUGGGGACUCGUGGGACUCUUUCCAAGCUGCUGCCGAUGAUAGAUGCAAAGCUACCAGGGAAUAUUACCCAUGCAAGCCUUUAUCUCGAAAAGUACUAUGGAAUGGAGUUAAUCAAAAUCUUGCGUGUGCUGGUGAAAAGCCAUAACCUAGAGAGCCUUACUCUCGGGGAGUAUGAUAGCAGUCUCAGCAUCACGCUGCUUGAACAUCUGAAAGAGCUCCAGGAGGAUGCCAAGUUUCAAAGAUUGAAACACUUUAUAGUAACAGCCAAUCCGGUAGCUGUCACUCCGCGUCCGUGGAACAUCCAAUGUUUGGUUCAGCUUUAUGAACGCUGGACGCAACUAGAGACAUUCAAUGUCGUUCUACAGACACGUCAUGCGAAAACCACCAUGUCGAUGGUGGAUUUCUACAGGCUCGCCGGACGCAGCUCGUCAGAUCCAGAUCGAUCCCCCAGCAAGUCCCAGAACUACCUAAAGAAAUUGCGAAUCGGUGGCGUUACGUCUGUCACUGCCCAAGUACUCAUAUUUCUUGGAACCCUUUUCCCGGAGCUGGAGGUGUGCAUCUUCGAGUGUGUGACAGGAAUCGAUCAACUUCCCUAUGUCGACAGAUUUUUCGAUGCCCAAGACUAUUACGAGUUGGUGGAAAAUCCGUUCCGCAGGCUGAAGACGCUCUCGGUCAGUUUCGACCAACAUGGGAGAGGUACGGAGGAACAAUCUGUAGCCCUCUCGGCCAUGUUUCUGUCCAUAAUUCACAACGCGCCGAAGCUUGAAGACUUCACGUACAAGUUCCAGUACGAGACCUACGGGCCUAGGCAGUACGCACUAUUGGAGGCAGUCAAGGUUUGGAACGGCUACCGCGGAGUCCGAAGCGAUUCCUUGAGGAAUCUGAAUAUGUCUGGAUGGAGUCUGGAUCCUAACCUUUUCACCCAUCCCAGCCACAAGUUGGUGUUUCCCAACAUCAAGACCGUGCAGUUGAAAAACUGCGGGUUUUCGAUCCGGAACAACGAACUUUCUACGCUGUUCAAGGACUCGUGCAAGGGUUCUCCCUAG